AGAGGGCGGAAGUGGUGCCGGGCGGCGCAGGCGGGCGCGGUGUGACAUCCUUGAGACGCUGCCGCCCCUGCCGCCCUUCGGCGGGGCCGGGAUGCGCUCCAGCGCCACACGGGGAGCUCCGGCGGGGCUCUGAAUCCCCUCUCUAAGCAGGCCGCUGCCGUGUCCGUGGGAUGAGCCAGCUGCCGUGCGGCGCCGUGCUGGCACUCAUGGGGCUGCUCUUCGCCAGGACCAUGGCCUGGACAUCCAGCGGGAAAACGCACGCGGAGCUGGUCAACAACCUCUACAAAAAAGGGAUUAUUAAGUCUCAGAGAGUCUUCGAUGUGCUGUUGGCUACGGACAGAGGUCACUACAUCAAGUAUUUCCCAUACAUGGAUUCUCCUCAAUCCAUUGGCUACAAGGCGACGAUCAGCGCCCCGCACAUGCACGCCCACGCUCUGGAGCUGCUCAAGGAUCAGCUGGUGGAAGGUGCCAAGGCGCUGGAUGUGGGGUCUGGGAGCGGAUACCUCACCGCGUGCUUCGCCAGGAUGACUGGCCCGACGGGAAAAGCUGUGGGUGUGGAGCACAUCAAGGAGCUGGUGCACGAAUCCAUCCGGAACGUCCAAGAGGAUGAUCCCACGCUGCUCAGCUCCGGCCGCGUGAAGCUUGUGGUUGGAGAUGGCAGGCAGGGAUACCCCGAGGAGGCUCCUUACGACGCCAUCCACGUGGGAGCGGCCGCAGCCUCCGUCCCCAAGGAGCUGCUGAAGGAGCUGAAGCCGGGCGGGCGGCUGAUCGUGCCCGUGGGGCCCGAGGGGGCCAACCAGGUGCUGAUGCAGUACGACAAGACCAGCGACGGGCACAUCGUGGAGACCCAGCUCAUGGGAGUCAUCUACGUCCCUCUCACGGACAAGGAGAAGCAGUGGCCUCGGGAUGACCUCUGACAGAUGGAUGGAUAUCACUAAAGGCACCUCAGAAAGCUCAUGAGAGGGACUUAGGCCUGUAGAUGGUCAGUAUGGUUUUGCUUUUUAAUGGAAAUUUCAUCAAUGGAUAAAGGGAAGUUCUGCUUCAGAGGAGCUCGUUCUGGAGGGAUGAGAACAGGGACAGGACCAGGGGAGGCUCUUGGAGGCCGUGACAGCUUCCAGGGAGCGGAUCCAGACAACUCCAGCUUUCCUCUCUGAUAAACUCUAGAUAACAUCAGUUCACAGAGAAUUCUGACAGCAGACAGGAAUACCUAAAGCUUCACUAAAACCACUUUAAUAUCGACUACUCUGCCUAAUGCUUGGCGAAAAUAAGUCACAAUUAGUGUCUUGGAGCAGCAAUGUACCCUGACUUGUCAGUUUUUAAAAUAUGGGCGCGUGUUCUCUUCCUGCUGCACCAACUAAUUUAAUGGUGGGCAGCAACACUGGAUUUUGAGGGUAUGAAAAAUGAUCGUUUUUUUUCUGUUUGGAGUUUUGAAAAAUAUUCAUUUCUGGACUUCACCCUCUCUGGGGUUACGAAAAAUGUGCAUUGCUUGGCUCUUCUGAUUGGGGUUAUAAAAAAUGCUCAUGUUUCGCCUUUUUCCUGACGCGUCCCUCCCGCAGGCGGUGACUGAGGAGGUUCACAAGGGGCAGGCGGGCUGCGGUGAGGCUCGAGGGUCAUUGGUGGAGCAGUUCUGAGGGGGGAAACUGCUGGGAGGUAAAUAAAUAAAUCAAUAAAUGAAUAAA